AUGAGUUAUACGAUCACCAAAACGUGGAACAAUGGGUCCAUUGCUGUCCGCGACUACAUUCACGAAAUACUGAGCGGCGUAUACUUACUGAGUGUUGGGCAGCCGAGUUACCUAGUCCUCUACGAUUACGAAGUUGUCGAAGUGUUUCUCUUGGGAUCCGAUGACCGAUAUCUUGAGCUGGAGUUUGCGCCCAAAGGACAGUAUCUGGUGCUACAACUGCACGGUUCCGGGAAUGUAACCAAAUAUCCAUUGGACCUUGAUAGUUUUAAGGCUAAAAUUCAUGGCGAUAAAUGGUCGGGAAGUUGUGUCGUUCCCAGAGAUUAUUUACCCCCAGAUCUAACAAAAUUCAACGCUUACGGCAUUCACGGCACAGAUCCUGACCGACACUAUUUAGCUUUAUUUCCUACACCUUAUGGCAAAUAUACGGAUCCAAACUUUCAUCGAUUGGAUUACUUUCAAGCAUUUGAACUCAAAUAA